AUGCCCUUUGACCCUGGGGAUCAGAUUCUCGGUCAAGACACGAAAAUAAACGAUGAUCAGUACUGGAGAAAAUCAAUUACACCAGAACAUGUGCUCCGCAGGCUCAUUAAGGCUUCGUUGAUACUUGAUAGCGAUGCAAGCGGGUCGUAUUUUUGGCAGCUCUGCGCAAGUUUACUGCCCCUCACAACCGCGCCGAUAGGGUUUUUAGGCAAUCUGGCCAGUAUUAUAUCGUUAGCCGAUCCAUGGAGACUUGUGGACGGCACAGACCAUAAUAUUCAAGAUACCGCUUGGGUUUUGGCACUGAAUAGCGUUGCUCUGGCCGCAGGCGUUCUGGCCAACGUUUUGCUGUUCAUGAACUUUUGCAAAUUCCUGCCACAUAUAUUUGUCCAAACUGCCUCGAUUAUUUUGUACAUGUUCGCAGUUAUUCUUUAUAUGGCUUUGUUUGGUGCAACAGAGUAUCAAUACUUCCACAAUGGGGUGUACUGGCGAUCCCAAGGGUACUGGCAGGGCGCAUCUGCCUCGGUGUUGUACGGAGUAGCAGCGAUUUUUUUGACUUUAAAUUUGGUCGGGCACUUAACAAAGCGAUACGAUGGUGAGCAUUAUCUGAACAACAAUCAGAGACGUGUUUAUCUGGUUUCUUUGGCCCUCAUCGGAUGGGUGGCCAUCGGAGGGGCUGUGUUUCAGCAGUUAAUAAAUUUGUCGUACGCCAAUGCCUGCUACUUCUGUAUUGUUUCUUUUUUCACUCUAGGAUUCGGCGACAUUGUACCAAAAACUGUCGCCGCGCGUAUUGUUAUCAUCCCUUUCAUCUACAUGGGUGUCAUUCUUAUUGGUGUAAGCGUCGUUUCGAUAUACACUGUCAUUCGUGAGCAUCAUAUAAGUGCGGCGUUGAUGCACCGCGUGCACUUUCAGCGAACAAAAGCCUUUGCAUGCAUAUCAGAAGAUACGGAUGCCACAGAUCGCGAUUCGUACGAUGUCAUGCGGGCCAUCUUGAAAAGGGCCCAUCUAUACAACGAAAUUACCAGCACGUUCCUGGUUAUGUUAUGGCUGCUUAUUUUCUGGCUUCUCGGAGCUUUAGUUUAUCACGGUACUGAAGGUUGGACAUACUUUGAGGCGUUUUAUUUUGUGUCCAUCGUCCUAGCCACCGUAGGAUACGGUGACUUCACUCCCGAUUCCCGCGGUGGCCGCAGCUUCUUUAUCAUGUGGGUCUUUUUCGCAAUUCCCACGAUGACGUCUGCGAUUUCCUCAGUUACGGAUAUCAUGAGCAAGAUAGUCGAGUUCAUUAUCAAAACGGUUCGAACCAAGUCUGUGCAACGCAAAACAAUGAUGAAUAUGCUGAUGAUGUUAUUCCAGAGCGAUAUGUAUGAAGAGCGGCGAGAAGAGCUUAGUACAGAACUGCUGGAGGGUACUGCGAUUGCUCUGAUUCACGGAGCCGACGAUAAGGCGUAUCCGUUUGAGGUCUGGCACUUUGUCACCACCAAGCUCAUAGGCGAGUUGCCGUGCGAGUUCUGGCUCUCUGACCUGUCUCCCUUGACUCGCCCUAUCAACGAGCGUAAAUGUCUUCUUCUUAUGACCCUCCACUGCCUUGGAAUGAAAGGAGAACGUGCACAGACACUACUGGAACAGGUUCUCGUGGACCCGUCUGUCGACCUCCCGUCUCGUUUCGAGACUGAAGAGACUCCCAAGGAGCUCAGCCCUGUCUCGUCUCGCAGUACUGGAUUUAGCCUCUCGGCAUUGAGCAGUAGACAUCUUAGAUCGCCGUCGCGGGUCACUUAA